AUGCACGUUGGCGCCAACUGCUUCUCAUUGAUCAUGUUCGGCAUUCCCUUGGAGGGCUGGCAGGGAACAGGCAUGUUCGCUGUCAUGUGGACCGUCGGGGUUCUCGGCGGUGCCUUCUGCUGGGCGCUCUUCGACCCCUACACCACCUCGUACGGCGCAUCCGGAGGGUGCUACUCCCUUUACGGCAUGCACGCCGCAGACCUGAUUCAGAAUUGGGGCGACAAGAAGUGGCGCUUUGGGACAGUAUCAGUCUUGCUUCUGGUCGCUGGUGUGGAGUCGGCCGCCUUCUGGGCUUCGCGUGACGAGGAAAGUUCUACGGCUCACACUGUGCACGUUGGUGGUCUCGUCUCUGGGCUCCUCAUCGGCUUCACGAGCGGCCGCAACGACCGCUGGAAGAUUUGGGAAUACGUGUGCUCCGCGAUGGCCUGGGCCGUGGCAGGCAUCCUCGUCGUCGGGAGCAUUUACUUCUGGUUCUUCUUCAACGAGCACCCCGGCAUCGGCAGCUUGUGGAAGCCGCUUCUUGGCAAGACUAUGGAGCGCCCCUUUUGCUGGAUCGGGUAUGUGUGCAUCGGAGAUAGUGGCAACCACUGUCCGUUGAUAGACGACAUUACCAGUUACGCGACGAACGCCGGCUCCUCAACGAACACGUUGAGGCAGUGCGUCAUGUGCGAUACAAGGGACUGCGUGGAGGGUUGGUACAGCGACACCUACGAGGUCACCACCGCAGGGGUGACCACUGAGCACUACAAGUAUUGCCCGACGGAGUCGUCGCGCAACUUCUGCACCUUUACCACCGGCGACAGCUUCGACCUGUGGUACCCUCCGACCAAGAGCGCGUACCAGCUGACUGACACGCCUGCGCCGUCACCUGCACCGACGCCUCAACCGACGCCUGCCUGA